AUGGACUACGUACUUGACAACGUGGUCGAGUGGAAAGACCGUCUGGUCAACAACUCGAUCAAGUCUUUCGAAGAGAUGACCGCCCAGCGCUGGGUUCGCAUCAUCGCUAUCGUGGGCGCAUACCUCCUCAUCCGACCAUACCUGCUCAACGCGGCCGCAAAGAAGCAGAAGCAACAAUUAGAGAAGGAGGCUGAAGACCUUGGCUUGGGGAAGACAGAUGCGUUAGACGCCAACGACUUCAGAGGCAAGGGCGUCAGGGUGAAGAAGGGCGAAGCGAAGAAGAAGGAGUAG